AUGCGCAACCGUAAACCCGAAGUUUCCAAAACAAACGCGCGGGCCCCCCGCGAGAGCCGCUUCCGGGACCGCUCCUUCUCGGAGGGCGGCGAGCGGCUGCUGCAGCAGAAGCAGCCCGGCGGACAGGUCAACUCGAGCCGCUACAAGACGGAGCUGUGCCGCCCCUUUGAGGAGAACGGCGCCUGCAAGUACGGCGACAAGUGCCAGUUCGCGCACGGCAUCCACGAGCUGCGCAGCCUCACGCGCCACCCCAAGUACAAGACCGAGCUGUGCCGCACCUUCCACACCAUCGGCUUCUGCCCCUACGGGCCGCGCUGCCACUUCAUCCCCAAUGAGGGGGAGCCGCCACCCAUGCUGAGCGCCGACGACCUGCUGGGCUCCCCCACCUUGCCUGACUGCGCCAGCAACCCCUUCACCUUCUCCAGCCAGGAGCUGGUCAGUCUCUUCACGCCUGGCAUGGGGGUGCAGGUGCCCAGCGGGGGCUCCCCCACCGCCUUCUUGUUCAGGCCCAUGUCCGAGUCCCCCAACAUGUUUGACUCGCCGCCUAGUCCUCAGGACUCCCUCUCCGACCAGGAGGGCUAUCUGAGCAGCUCCAGCAGCAGCCACAGCGGCUCCGAUUCGCCCGUCCUGGACACCUCAAGGCGUCUUCCCAUCUUCAGCAGACUCUCCAUCUCCGACGACUAAUCUGGGGUUUCCUCCUGCUCGCCCCCACCUCUAUUACGAUGUUAAGCUGAACUCCCCUCCCUUGCCCCAUCCCCGGUGCGAGCUGGAUGUUAACGUGUCCACCUGCCUGUCGUAGACCCACUGGCUUAAACCUUAAGUGCCAAAUUACGAUGA